UAUUCGAUUGAAGGCUGCAGAAAAGUCACAAGACCAGUCAGCUGAAUUUCGGUGCUGUGUCGCAGUAGUGUGAAAAACACUCGGUUGUAUUUGAUAGAUUUUCAUAAAUUCUGUGCUUGAAUUUGUGUGUGCCGAGCGUCGUCUCAAGAAAGCCCUCAAAAUGACUACCGCCUUGUAUUUGCCCGAGGAGAACAUUGAUAUGAUUGCUGCCACCUCGGUGCUGCAGCAGCAGGCGGCGGACAUCCGCACCAGGACGAUCAACUGGGCUUCGUACAUGCAGUCGCAGAUGAUCAGCGAGGAGGACUACAAGGCAAUCAGCGCGUUGGACAAGUCACGUGCCAGCUUCUUGGCCCAGAACUCCAGCCAGGUGGUGAAGACGCUGCUUAAUCUGGUUUCGCAUCUGUCGAAGGACUCCACCAUUCAGUACAUCCUUGUGCUGCUCGACGAUUUGCUGCAGGAGGAUCGCUCCCGUGUGGAUCUAUUCCAUGACACAGCCGGCAAGCUGAAGCAGUGCAUCUGGGGUCCGUUCCUGAACCUGCUGAACCGUCAGGAUGGCUUUAUUGUCAACAUGUCGUCGCGCAUCCUGGCCAAAUUCGCCUGCUGGGGCCAUGAGACCAUGCCCAAGUCCGACCUGAACUUCUAUCUGCAGUUCCUGAAGGAUCAGCUGGCCAGCAAUAACAACGAAUACAUCCAGUCGGUGGCCCGGUGCCUGCAGAUGAUGCUCCGUGUGGAUGAGUAUCGAUUUGCCUUUGUGGGAGUCGACGGAAUCAGCACUCUGAUCCGUAUCUUGUCGACCCGUGUCAACUUCCAGGUGCAAUACCAGUUGAUCUUUUGCCUGUGGGUGCUGACCUUCAAUCCCCUGCUGGCCGCCAAGAUGAAUAAGUUCAGCGUGAUCCCCAUCCUGGCUGAUAUCCUCAGCGAUUGUGCCAAGGAGAAGGUGACACGCAUUAUCCUCGCGGUCUUCCGCAAUCUGAUCGAGAAGCCGGAGGAUUCAUCGGUGGCCAAGGACCAUUGCAUCGCCAUGGUCCAGUGCAAGGUGCUGAAGCAGCUAUCCAUCCUGGAGCAGCGUCGCUUCGACGACGAGGACAUUACCGCCGACGUAGAGUACCUGAGCGAGAAGCUCCAGAAUUCGGUGCAAGACUUGAGCUCCUUUGAUGAGUACGCCACAGAGGUGCGCAGCGGUCGCUUGGAAUGGUCGCCUGUGCACAAGUCGGCCAAGUUCUGGCGCGAGAAUGCCCAGCGCCUAAACGAAAAGAACUACGAGUUGCUGCGCAUCCUCGUCCACCUCCUGGAAACCUCAAAAGAUGCCAUCAUCCUUUCCGUCGCCUGCUUCGACAUCGGGGAGUAUGUGCGCCACUAUCCCCGCGGCAAGCACGUCUUGGAACAACUCGGAGGCAAGCAGAUCGUGAUGCAGCAUCUUGGCCACGAGGAUCCCAAUGUGCGAUACGAAGCCCUGCUGGCUGUGCAAAAGCUGAUGGUACACAAUUGGGAAUACCUGGGCAAGCAGCUGGAGAAGGAAAACGAGAACCAGAAACAAGGUGCCGCCCCCAUCGCUGGCAAGGCCUAGGUGGUCUAAUCAACAAGUCAUCCAUGCACAGGCACACAACAAAUAUUUUAGCCAGGCCGCCAGCCUGAAACCUUAACUAACAAUAAGAGUCGUAGGGGGAUCUAUAUCUCCAGCCUGAUCCUCCGCUUCUCCAUCACACUUGCAAUGAUGUUUGUUCUUGCUAUCUUUAAGCGCAUGUUUGUUCCCCGUUUAAACUAAGUUUUUGUUAGCCCAUACCUCCGUGUACGCCCUCAGUUCUUAGAAAGUAUUGAGAGAAAAAUUCGAUUUUUUGUUGGCAUUCCAAAAAGCAAUUCACUGUAAUGGCAGAACAAAUACAAGCAACUAUCCUCUACAAAUUGUUCCAUUCAAUUCGAUUGUUUAUAUAUUUUGUUGUUAUUAUUAUUUGUGUUCUUAAUUUUAUGAGUGCGCCGCUGUACAGAGUUUUUCUAAACCAGAUGAUAUGCGCUUCUUACGUUUAUAUAGUCGCAUCUGCGCAUCCACAUCUAAGCAAAAAACGAAACUAAAGAAAACAAAAAAUAUAUUGUAUAAACCUAUCAAGUAUUUCUUUCAUUAAAAAAAAAAUAAAUCAAAUAAGCAUAAUUAAAACGAAAAAUAUGUAUUGCAUAAUAAAGUUGUUAUUAAAAUGUAUGAUACAAUUUUGGGAGUGUAAAAGAAAAUAUACAUAAAUUAGCCAAAAAAUAUAAAAAUACCAGUGUAUUCUUGUUUAACGAUUGGCCAAAUAGAAUGUGCAUUAAGAGAGCAUUUCGACCCUAAUAGUUUUCUACUUUCUCUCUCAGUAAUACAAUCUUAUUGUGAUGUUUCUGCGUAACGUAUCGACUCUUUCUUUGUUGGAUGUUUUUAGUGAUGUCUACCUCCACGCAAUGAACUAAGGAAUUUGCAGCAACCCAGGAUGAUUUGUGGUCAUCUUUGUGCGACUCAGAUGAGUAAGGCCUAUAU